AUGGCAUCUAUAUACCAAAAAUACAGUCAAUUGAUAGCCAAGCGACCACUAAUCACUAAUAUCAUCACAACAGGAUUUCUUUUUGGGUCUGGUGAUUAUUUGGCUCAGACAUUGUACCCUUCGUCAAGCAAAUACGACUACAAAAGAACAUUAAGAGCAACUUUCUACGGAUCAAUCAUAUUUGCUCCAAUUGGUGAUAAAUGGUAUAGGCUCCUUCAUAAAAUCAAUUUCCCCUUUCCAAAGACUAAGGUAUCCCCAACAGUUAGCAAAGUGUUGAACACAUUGACCAAGGUCGGGGUAGAUCAAUUGGUAUUUGCACCAUUCAUAGGGAUCCCACUAUAUUAUUCCGUGAUGUCGGUAUUGGAGUUCCACGACAAUCCAUUGCAGGUUGCCCGUGAAAAAUUGCAUGCACAUUGGUUUAACACCCUAAAGACUAAUUGGGUAGUAUGGCCUACUUUCCAGCUCUUCAACUUCGCUUUGAUUCCAGUUCAAUUCAGGUUGUUAGUUGUUAAUAUUUUCAGUAUUGGGUGGAACUGCUACUUAAGUUCCGUCCUUAAUCAUAAACAUGAUUUCUUGAUUGAAAAUAUAACGGAUGUCGAUAAAGAUGAAAUUUUAAUCUAA